AUUACAGAUCAUCAUCCAGCUUUAUUUCGCUACAUUAAGAUACAAUCUGGAAUAAAUACAAGUUCUAAUGUAAUUAAUAUCGUUCCAUACGACGCAAUCUAGGUUUCACUUUCGUUUUUUCACCACACUGCACCACACCGCACCACACCAACGCGACGCCACAUAUCAUGUUAAUAGGAGACCAGGUUAUGUGAGUUUCCCCACAGCAAAUGGAUGAAGAUGGAGGAGAUGGACCUGGAGGAGGAUGUUCAGGUUGUGGUAAUCCAGGAGGCCAAUGCGAUCAAGGACGUUUUGUGUAUGCAAAAAGAUAAUGUUCUACAGCAAAUCUAUGCCUUGGUGGAAGCUCGGACCCGAGAGCAGCUUCUGCACUUGCCCAACCCCAGGGAGACUAUCUCAGGUGUUGUGGAUUACUUCAAAACAUCAGAUCAGCACACAUGCCGCCAUUUUCUGGAGACUUUUUGGGCGUUCUGUGAUGAUAUUCCCCUAGAACUGGAUACAAAGAUUAUACAUGCAGCAGGACCCACAGCUGGUGCAUUGGUAGACAACAGUCAUCUGCCAGAUAAUGAAAACUUCCCUCCAUCACACAAUGCAAAACGUGCAUGUAUAGACCAGGUGCAGAGUUACACAAAUGCUGUUAAGAGUUUUCUCCAAAAGAAAUUUGAGAAGGUGACGAAAGAUAUGACGAAAAAGGUUUGCCUAGACAAGACAUGGCUGUGCUGGCGGACACAAAAAUGUGCACGAAUGAGGGACAGGCCAACAAAAUCUCAGGAAGGGGAAGAGGUUUUACCAGAGCAUAAGGAGUCAGUUGAGUCUCUGAUGAAAAAAACAGGCAGAGUGGUAAUGCUAUCAGGUCAGGCUGGUUCUGGUAAAACCCUGUUGAUGCACUGCCUUGGCCACCACUGGGCUCAGGGCUCAUACCCCUCUAUAGAGCUACUUUUCCUGCUGGAGUUUCGCCAGCUCAACCUUGUUUCACAGCCAUUAUCGCUGAAAGAGCUAUUGUUUCGUUUCUUUCUUCCUUCUGAAGAAGACAAUGAGCAAAGUGAAGCAGUACUUACUUAUGCUUUCAACAACCCUGAGAAAAUUUGCUUCAUAUUUGAUGGAUAUGAUGAGUUUGCAGCGAGAUUUACAGACCCAGAGGAGCUUGUAGACUCUGUAAAUGCUUACCAGCAGUUGCCAUUAGCUGAUCUUCUCUCUGCACUAUGUAGCUCCAAGAUCCUGCCUGGCUGCACAGUGCUGGUCACUUGUAGGCCACGAGAUGUUUUUGACUUAUUUGGAAGUUCUGGUUAUUUUGUUGCAGAGCUGCUUGGAUUUAAUCAACAACGUGUGAAAGAAUACACUGAAGAGUAUUUCCAUGAAAAGGGAAAUGAAAUUAAAGAAAAAGCAGUACGCUUGCUUAUGGACAACUAUCAUCUGCUCUCCAUGUCAUAUGUUCCAGGUUUAUGUCAUGUUUGCUGUGUCUGCAUAGAUUAUUUCCUCUCCAGUGAUAUGUCUCAACAAUCAGGCACUCAGCUACCUACAUCCUUGACUCAAAUCUACCUCCACAUCCUUUCUGCAUUUAUUAGUCGAUGCCAGAGUUGUGUAUCCUCUGAUAAUCAUACUCCAUUACUUCAAAAGUAUCGAGAUCAAAUCGCUAUGUUGAGUAAGGUUGCAAUGGAUGGCCUGGAGAAGAGCCGUAUAGUAUUCUCGGCAAAUGAACUGUCUCCUGAGCUAAUGAACUUUGGUGCCAAUGCUGGAAUUCUGUCCCGUUUGGAUCUUACUUGUGCAGAUGGAUCACGAAGUCUGGGAUGUGCCUUUACACAUUUAACUAUGCAAGAGUUCAUGGCUGCAUUGCAUAUGAUGACAAACCCCGACAUCACAGAGUCACAGCUCAAGAAGAAGCUUAACCUGAAAAGCCGAUGGACUGCUAAGACUGAUCCAAAAACUGUCUUCACAGACUCCCUUCACUUGUAUAUGUGUGGACUUGCUGCAGAAGCCUGCACUUCAAAUCUUAUCAUGCUGGAAGGCAGUGAAAAUGCCAGAACUACUGUGCUAAAGCGACAAAAUGCAGUUCUUAAAAUUUUAAAGAGCUUUGUGGUGAGUGUUCGUCAAACAGGUCCCAAGAUUAUUGAACUCUGCCGUUGUACCCAUGAAACCCAAAACAUCGAUUUGGCCAAGGCUGUUGGUUCAAGAGAUCGGUUCGAGCUGCGUAAUAUUAGACUGAACCCUGUGGACAUCGAUGCCUUGGCAUUUGUAACUUUAUCUGCAAAUCAGAUGGUUUGCCUGGACUUUGGUGCCUGUUCCAUUGAACCAGAGUGUUUGAAUAUCAUUCCCCACUGCAAGAACUUGGAAAGUUUAAUUUUUCGUAGCCGUAAAUAUGACGACAAGUUCGCAGAGGCUUUAUCUGGUAUCCUGCCCAAACUCCAGAGCUUAAAGCAGUUAGACUUUAUUAGUGGUAGCCUCUCUCAUAGCGGAGCUUCUAAACUUUUCAAGGCUUUGCAGUCUUGCCCGCAAAUCACACUCCUCAAUCUCAGUGAUAACUCCCUAUCAGAUGAGAGUGUACGAGAGAUAACAGAGCUGAUUCCCAAACUGACUAAACUCACAUCUGUCAUGUUGGGGAAAAACAACAUUUCCAAAAAUGGAAUAUUUAUGCUUGUUGAAAAAAUGGCAGAAUUUCGGAACAUUAAGAAAGUCUCUGCAAAUUCAAAAAAGGAAAUCACUAUUCUGUUCUCCCCAUUCUUACCUAACACCGUGGGCACCGAUAACCUAAACAAUGCUGAAGAAACAAGGGAACUAAUCGUGAACGACUGGAAUCUCACAUGCAAAAAUGUACAAGAUCUAUGCAGUAUGCUCAGUGACUGCUCCUCUCUUACUGUCCUAAAUUUGUCAAAGAACUCGCUGGGUAACAAAGGUCUAAAAAAGCUACUCGAAAAUCUGCAUACUCUUGACACCAUUCAAGAAAUCAAUGUCAGUGAUAAUGAAGUGGAUAUGAAUGGCGUGAUGCUUCUCUCAACAUAUCUUUGCACUCUCAAACACCUGACUGAGGUUGAAGCUAGCUACAACGGAAGCAAGAAACUGGUCUUGACAUUCAGAUGUCGCAGAAGUAGAACAUUCAAACGAACCAAAGAGGGGUGUGAUGUUUUGCAUAAGAAACUCAGCCUAAUUCAAUGCGAUAUACAACCUACUGACAUGAGCACGCUGUGUAAGAAUUUGAUCAAGUGCCCAGAUCAGCUUGACCUAGAUUUCUCUUAUGGAACAUUAAAUAAAGAAUCUAUUGAGAGGCUAAUAAAGUUCCUUCCAGGCAUGUCAUCUCUCAAUCUGCUAAAUUUAAGUCACAUAGAGAUGACAACAGGUAGUGCUUUUUUAAUAGUCCAGUUGCUUCCUGAUUGCCAGCGCAUUACAACUGUGGAACUGAGACAACUGGGACAAACAUUUGUUACAUUUCUCCAAGCUAAAUCAGAAGCUGCAACAUGCAAGCUUAACCAAUUUAAGCUGAACAGUGCUGAUCUGUCAAAGCUCUGUGGUAUACUGCAGCAUUGUCAUCGUCUGACUGACCUGGACCUGUCCAGUAACUUCCUUAAAGAUGAAGAUGUGAAGUCAUUUGUUCAGUGCCUGCCCGAACUUCAGAUUUCCAAUUUAGUGAGCCUCAACGACAACAGUCUAACCGAAGUGGGAGGUAUCUACCUGCUGAACUUAAUGAACACCUGUGAAAGGGUGGCUGCUGUGGAAGUGAGUUUGGGAAAGGAGAGGCAGCAGGCUCUGAUUCGUUUUGUUCAGAAGAAUUGUCCAGGCAAAAGUUUUAGUCUGAGGCAUUGCUGUUUUGAGUUAAGCCAUUUGCAUAGUCUUGUGGAAAUACUCAGCAGCUGUCCGAAACUUAAACUAGAGUUAUCAUCAUGCACUGUGCAAAGUCAAAAUCUGUACUUUCUACUGAACAAGUUGCCUGAUUUGAGCUCAGUACAAACAUUAGAGCUAAGAAACAAUUCUUUCAAUGAGGAGGCAGUCAAGCAUUUGGUUACUGAGUUGUGUAGGGAUUCUAAUGACAGAACUAUUCGGAUAAUGGAGCCAUGGAUCAAAGGGGAAGUUGCUGUUGGCCUUGUGGCGUGUUGCCUGGAAAUGAAUCCACACAUAAAGGAGAUCAGAGUUGAAAAAACAUGGCUUAACCUUACUGUCAAAAUCCAAAUCUCUGAUACAGUCUCUAAUGAGAAUGGACAUUUCUCAGUCCCUGCUGUGCAAUCCAUAAGCUUUGAUGACUGUGAAGUUGAAGGGAAGCACUUAUUCUCAUUGCAGUCUACUGUGCAAAAGUGUCCCUCUCUGCAGGAAUUACAAUUCUCUCAGCUGACGAUGGGUACGGGUGGUGCAGGGUUUCUCUCUGCUGUUCUUCCCGCACUGAAGAAUCUUAAGAUGCUCAGUCUCGAUUCCAGAGGGGAAACAGAAGAUGAAGCAGUAAUAUUUGCGUUAAAGAAUAUACAAAAGAACCUGGAACAGCUAAGCUUGUCCCAUCAUGUGAUCAGAGAUAGUGGUGCUUCAGUAUUAGGGAAUACCCUUCAGAGUUUGACAAGAAUGCAAUCACUCAGUAUUUUGCAGUGCUUGGAUUGCACAACAACAGGAGGUCUUCAUUUGGUCCGUGGUCUGGUCCAGUGUCACUCUCUAGAAGAAAUUAGGCUAGACUCUUUACAAUUGGAUAAAGAAAUCAUAGAUUGCUUUGCAAAAGGCCUUCAGGCCAUGAAGUCACUGAAUAAGAUUAGUUUGAUAAAGACAGUCUCGAAGGACAGCAGUGAGAUUCUGUGUCUGCUGGCUAGUCUGCACACAUUAACAGAGCUGAAGGAGAUUGAAUUGAUCGGGUUGAGAAUGGGUGAUCAGGGGAUUGAGGAGCUUGUGAAACACAUCCCUAAAUGGACCCUACUGAGGAAAAUAAAUCUAUCAGAUAACCUUGUGAGUGACCAUGCUGGAGAGAUGUUGGUGAAAGCCUUAUCCCACUGCAGAGCACUGCAAGAAAUACAUCUUGCCAGGAACAAUCUUGGUCACAGUUUUGCUGCUGUUCUUCCAUCUCUCCCCAAACUUUCCGAAUUGGAUCUCUCUGAGAACCAGUUGGGUUCAAAAGGGUGUUCAAGUCUGUGUGAGGGUCUGGUCAGAAUGAAAGCACUGAAAAAGCUACACUUAACCUCCAUUGGAACGUCAGACUUGGUCAAUGUUGCAUCUUGCCUGAAACACUGCACCUCUAUAGAGGACAUUAGCUUGUCAUGGAAUAAAUGUGAAAAUGAUGUGGUUUUUAAACUGGUUGAAGUUCUACCACAGUGCAGCAAACUGAAAAGACUUGAUCUGGAGGCCAAUAAUAUCAAAACUUUGGGAGCCAAGGAGCUUAACAAAUGUUUGCAGCUUUGUCCUUGGAUUGAAGUAAUCAGGCUUUGGAGGAAUCCCAUUCAAAUGGAUGACCUGAUUUUAAAGGACAAGAGGCUGAAUUUCUCAUCCACCUAAUCGGAAGCAGACUUCAUUUGAAUGAUGUGUCUUUGAUUGUUUUUUUUUUUGUAUGUUGGUAUUUAUUUCAUGUUUUAAAUAUUAAGCCUUUAUUUAGUUUAGUUUUAUUUGGGGAACACAUUACCUCACUAUACCAAUAACUACUCUACACCACAGUUUAUUUAGUUGUCUAGGAUUCUGAGGUUUGUGGAAGUGAUGCGAACAAUCAAACAAUAAGCAUAAACGUGCCAAUUGGUUGUGAGGUGACCAGAUUUAGCACAGAAAUAAAUGCAGCUUGCAAAUUAGACUUGAUUCUUGAUAGUGUCCUUCCAUCAACCCAUCCUAGACUUCUGCUUGUUGUGUUCUCCCUUACAUCUCGUAUUUAUUUCUGUACAUUCUUUUCGAAAAAUCUUAAGAAUUGCACUGAAAAAAGUUUGCUUUUUGUGUGAAGUAAAUAAUGCUGGUGUGCUAUGUAACAUCUGAUAUGCAUCUACAGAGUUCAAUAAAAUGUUUUUAACUUUUAGUGACUAAAGUAUUAGUAACUUUAAGAGAGAAACUCUGCAAAUAGUAUAGGCACUGUACCUAUAUAGGUAAAGUUCAUGUAUAAUUAACAUGCUUAAUCAAUCCUUCCAGCACAUUUGAGUGAAAACAAUUAAGUAAGGAUUUAAAGUGGCAAACUAGAAACCUAAAAUGUGAUUCUAUAUUCUGCACUAGAGGAAAAUUACAUCAUGAAAUCAAUGAUUACAUUUGGAACAUAUUCAGAAAUGCAUUUCCCAAAACCUUUUUUUGUUAUUAGAUUUGACAACAUCUAAUCUGUCGAUUUGUUUACGUAUUGUUUAAUAAAUACUUAAUAAUAAAAUUAAUAAAAUAAAUAAUAAAAACUGCAA